CCAGAAUCAGUUUAGUCUGGGUGAUGGUAAUGUGUAGAAGUGGUUUGUGAUUGUGAGUGCGGUCUCGGCUGAUCAUAAAACGAGCAAAGGAAAAGUAAAUUAAAUGUUAAGAACCCGCAGUCGGUCCGGGGAAGAAAACGAAAAACAACAAUACUCGAACGGCUAGUGAAAGCCAAGUUUACGGUAUCGAACUUUAGUUUGAGGAAGGUGGAGCGCCCAAAAACGUUCAGAAUCUCUCCGAUUGGCCAAGGUUUGUGCAGCAGCAGCAGUGUGAUGGCGAAUGUAAACAGAGAAGCAUCUUGGGCAAAUUGAAGCGACAAAUCGUGGUUGAUUACAUUAGUGCAUGGUGAAGAAGUCAAUUUUAUCACUGAAAGAAGAAAUUUUACAGUUAAAUCUACGUAAUUUGACAAGUCAAAGUUACAGUCAAAGGUUGCUGAGGGUAGAAACCAGUUCGAGCAAGGAAGUCAAGUGCAAGGUGAAGGAAAAAGGUCGUCUCAGCAAGCUUUAGACUAGUGGAACCGACUAGUUUGAGCAGCAGGUGCUAGGUUUUAGUGCAGUGUCAAAGUGCACAACAAGCAGUUUGCUUAGAUCUCGAGAGGAAAAAAACAAAGCAGAGCAAAUAAAAAUGAGUGCGGAAGCGGAAAUCCGACGCCGGAACAUCGGUGAGGGGGAUUCCCUGGGGGAAUCCUCGCUCAAACCGGACGACAAAGGCCAGAAACCCGCCCAGGAAUCGACCACGGCCGAAAGCUCCGACCACAUUGACUCCGAGGAGGAAAAGCUACCGGAAGAGAAAUAUGUGGAAGAAAUGUCCAAAACGUUGCCCCAAGGGACAAACAAAACCCCGGAAGUCCUGGGGCAAGCGCUAAGUGGACUGCCGGACAGAUGGCGAAACUGGGUAAUACGAGGAAUUUUUACAUGGAUCAUGAUCAGUGGAUUCUGUCUCAUCAUUUACGGAGGUCCACUUGCGCUGAUGAUCACGGCCCUCGCCGUGCAGGUGAAAUGCUUCGAGGAAAUCAUCUCCAUCGGCUACUCGGUGUACCGGAUUCACGGCCUGCCCUGGUUCCGCAGCCUGUCGUGGUACUUCCUUGUUUCGUCCAACUACUUCUUCUACGGCGAGAAUCUGGUCGAUUACUUUGGCGUGGCCGUUAACCGCGUGGAUUCGCUCCGGUUUCUAGUCAAGUACCAUCGGUUCCUGUCGUUCUGUUUGUACAUCAUCGGGUUCGUUUGGUUCGUGCUGUCGCUCGUGAAGCGCUACUACAUGAAGCAGUUCAGCCUGUUUGCGUGGACCCACGUGGCGCUGCUGAUUGUGGUCACCCAGAGCUACUUCAUCAUUCAGAACAUUUUCGAGGGGCUGAUUUGGUUUAUCGUGCCGGUUUCGAUGAUUGUGUGCAAUGACGUGAUGGCGUACAUGUUUGGGUUCUUCUUUGGCCGGACGCCGCUGAUCAAGCUGAGCCCCAAGAAGACCUGGGAGGGCUUCAUCGGGGGUGGAUUUGCCACUGUGGUGUUUGGCUUGCUGUUUUCCUACUGGCUGUGCCAGUUCCAGUACUUUGUGUGUCCGAUCGAGUACUCGGAGAGCGCCGGCCGGAUGACCAUCGAGUGCGAACCGAGCUAUUUGUUCCGGCCGCAGGAGUACAGCAUUGGGUCGACCACGAUCACGAUGUACCCGUUCAUGCUGCACUCGCUGUCGCUGAGCAUCUUCAGCUCGGUGAUUGGACCGUUCGGAGGAUUCUUCGCGUCUGGGUUCAAGCGAGCAUUCAAGAUUAAGGACUUUGGUGACAUGAUUCCCGGACACGGUGGAAUUAUGGAUCGUUUCGACUGUCAGUUCCUGAUGGCGACAUUCGUGAACGUGUACAUUUCCAGCUUCAUACGUGUUGCUUCACCGCAGAAGCUUCUUAAUAUGGUUUACAGUCUGAAGCCCGAACAGCAGCUGCAGUUGUUCAACCAGCUUAAGGACAACCUCGAGGAACGCAACAUCAUCAAUUUGAACUAAGCCGCUGACGCUGGCCAACGACGCCGUUGGAGAAAGUAUUUUUAAUUGAUGAAAAUUCCGUACUGAACUUGCAAUAUUUACAAACAUUUGAAUAUUCACACACACAAACAUACAACACACACAUGCACAGCAACUGGGCUGAACAGAUUGAGAAUAAUAUAUAGCAGCCCUGCGUGUAAGAAUGAAAUUGGAAAAGGGAUUUUGAACUAUUUUCGGGAUCUUUUCUAGCUAUCGUGGGCGCGUUCUGGCCACAGCAUGAAUUGUUACGAGGCGUACCAACAAGCAAGGGUCAGAAUGCGGGGAAAUGUUUUCGAAUGUGGUGAGUAGAAUUUGUAACUUUUUUAAACAACCGUGGACGAGACGAUUUCAUGGUACCGUGGCAAAUCUGUGUGUGCAAAAGCAAAUAUUUAUAUAUGAAAUGCAGUUAUAUAAACAUCAUGUAGCGAAAAAAUAUAGAUCAAUGUGUAGGAUUAAAUUACAAAACUGUUGAAAUCAUACGAUUGAUGUACGUUGCCGAUGAAUCAUUCUCUAUAUAUAACUGGAAAUGUUUACAACGUCGUUGCUAUCUAAAGUGUAAGAUUCUAUGCCCAAUCCUUCAUAUACGAUGAUAUGACCUAACUGGUAGCUCCAGUUUGGAAGCCUCCCUUCCUUCCCAGUCGUCUUCUUGUUAUCACCCUUUAGACUAAUAUCAUUGGCGAGAAAAUGUAACGAAAACAAUACCAGCUUAAGUCAGCAAGCUUGAUUUCUGAUAUUCCGUUAGUGUUAGAGAAUACGUACGUAACGAAACCCGACAUGAACAGUGUUCCACGCUGUACGAUGGAGAGAGAGAAAAAAAAUGUGGGAAGAUAAGUAGGAUUUGCUGUGCCUCUACAUUCCAGAAAUGCGUUUGCGACCCCAUCUUCUGUACCGUAAUCUGGGGUGAAUCGGGACUACAGUCUGAAUAGGGACAGCAGUUUCUAGAGCACUUAAAGCUUUUAAAUUUGGAAAAGGAUGUACACAUUUUGUUGGCCUGAGUCUGUUCUAACCGAAACCAACCAGAAAAAUAAAAAUAUUGUGCUCCGACAUGGUUAAAACUGCUGUCCCAAUUCGCCCCAUGUGUCCCGAUUGACCCCAGUUUACGGUAGUGUUAUUCUUAAUACUCGAUACAACGACGACGCGCGCCUGUAGAAUUGAACAGCAAUUUUGAUCCCAGUUUACAGAUUUCCCGGAAUCAUCGUGUCCAGUAACUCCAGCAUUGAAUUCAUUUAUACCUAAUAUUUCCUAAAGUGCAAUCAAAAUCGAAAUGAUUUCAGAAUCAAGCAAGUAAAAUUGGUUUACGUUGGUUGUAAAUUUGGUUUAAACUAUCUUGUUGUUUGCUGAAUUCGAAGCAGUAAUGAAAUCAAAUGUUAUUUGCGUUGUUACCAUUAUUUUAAUUGAACUAUGUGUUGAAAUUCAUCUUGUUAAGUGCUCGAAGCUUUCCGAAAAUAGCUCAUAUUCAGCGCCAGCAGUUACAUCAGUUCAUGUUAUCAAGAAUCGUUUAAUUUUGUGUAGAUAUUAUGUUUGUUUUUAAAGUAGAAUGUAGUCCAGUGUUUAAUUUUCUUUGUUUAGUAGUUAAAAUAGUUAUAUUUUUCUUUAUUUACGAUUUAUUACAUUAAAGACUCUAAAAUUUUCAACAAGCAAACCUGAUACAAUCAAAAUCUAACCGAUCGUUGCUUCGAAAAUCGAAACCAAAAGUUGUUUCAAACUGCAACGUCAAAUUUGCCCCUAGCUACCUUCCGACAAAUCCCCUGAAAGACCUUCUUACGCACGUUGGUUUUUAUUUUCUUUCUUUCGCGGGUAAAUGAACAACACUCAACCCCCGGUGGUUGGUCACUUUUUCGUUUGACACUUUUUAGUUUGUACCCCGUUGGUUGGUCAAAGUCAAACUACACGGCGCUCACGAACACUAUCAAAACAAACGUUUAGUAGUGUGUGUGAACUCCGUGUAAAAGGGGUGUCAAACUAAAACGUGACCCCGUUCGUUUGACAACAGUUGGUGUCAAACCAUCGGGGUUUGAGUGUAAUCGAAAAACUUUAUAACGUAAGAUUGUGGUGAACCUUAAUCGUUGGUAAAGUGAAGAAACAAAAAUAAAAACAAAUAACGAUGUCGAUCAACCCAAACAUUAUAAUUAUCAUUAUGAAAUACCAAAAUAUAUCUAAACUUUCUGUUGUACAAACAAACAGGUAAUGGCAGUGAAAAUGGAACAAAAGAAUCAAGUUGUAGGCUAUAUUAAAACAUAAAACUACAAAACCCCUUCUAUGUAAAUGUGAA